CAGCUAGCUUGUAAAAGUCUUGUAAAAACUACAAGCCAUCUACAAGCUCACAAUGGCUGCGCAAAUCGCUGCAUUGGAACAUCCCGACAUCGACAACAGGCUGCUGACUGAAAUCCUGCGCAUUUGCCGUGAGGGACAGCGCGAUCAGCUCCGUAACAUCCUCAACUAUGAGAAGAAUGUGCUCAAGUACUUUAUGAUCAGAACUCCAAAAGGGUACACUGCAAUUCAUGAAGCUGUAGAUGCAGAGCAGCCGGACAUUGUGCAGACGCUUCUUCUGUACGGAGUCUCCCCCAACAUCCGAGCACGCGGUGGCCUCACUCCACUCCACCUGGCAGCGUCCAGGGCAUCUGAGGGUUGCGUGCGAGCCUUGGUCGAUAACGGUGCUGAUAUCACUCUUAAAGACGAUCUUGGACAUGAAGCGAUGCAAAAAGCUGAGCAGAAGAGCAGCAGGAAACGAGAAAAUGUUGUUAAGUUGCUUCGAAGCAAAGAAAUUAUCCUGCAUGCCUCAAGAGGCGAAAUCCGAUUUCUCGAAAAGAAACUGUCCAGUCAACCGAAACCAGAGAUUCGCGAUAUCGACGAAGCUCUUCUAGUAGCCGUUAAAAAUGGACACAACAACUGUAUUCCGAUUCUAGUGGUCGCCGGAGCACGAGGUUUGGACUGUGCCCUGUAUCUGGCUAUUCAACUGGAACAGAUCGAAGCCAUUGCGAUCCUACUGCUGUGCAAGUCCACCAUUGUGGGCGAUUACAUGGCCAUCCGCUCUCUCCUGUCUGAGCCACCAGAGAGUGACAACGUGCCGUGGUACAUGCCCGAGGUACAUCGAGUGCUAGCCAACGGAGCCAUCAAAAUGAGCUAUCCUAUUGCUGUAUCCAUCAUGGAAAAGAAUUACGAGUCAACGAAAGAGCUUCUCCUCAAAACAGAUUUGGACAUGGGUCAGAAACGCGUUGACUGGAGCAAGCUAAAGCUCACCUUGUUGCAUUCGUCCUGGGUGUACUCUAUAGCCCCGUGGGUAGUCAGCCUCAAGCUAGUCAACAACCACCUCCGUAAACUGCCGAAAGAACUGUUCCAAGCCAUGCAGCUGCGACGACUGGAUCUAUCCCAUAACCUACUGGAAACUGUUCCUGGUGAAAUAUUCGGACUCCCGAAUUUGGAGUACCUUUGUUUAGCGCAUAAUCAGCUACUUGAUCUCCCCGAGACCUCCAAUUGGUCGUCUUCCCUGCUCACAUUAGAUCUGUCUGAUAAUCGCCUGACAACCCUUCCCACUGGAAUACAGCACUCUGCUGUCGAGAUUUUGAAUCUCAGCAAAAACCAGUUCACAAUGCUACCCAAAUGCCUCUGCCGAAUCAAGACGCUCACGUCACUGGACCUCAGUCACAUGCCCGUAUCCUCGUGGCCAAAAGAAAUGGAGAAUUUGGACAAACUAGUCAACCUGAACGUAACCAGCACAAAUAUUUCCGACCUAGCCGGACGCGGUGGCAUUUUAAGGGGCGGUCUUAAAGGUGUGUUCAAAGCCAAGGGCCGAUCGAGCAAGCCGUGUAACUACAUCAAGCUGAUUCUACUCUGCCACUCCACUAAAGUGAAAAGAGUGAUGCUCGCACGACUUAAGCCUCACUUCUUGCCCCAAGGGGACCUCCCGGAAAUGGAAGUAUUUCAAUGGUCCUACCGUCCGCUGUUCACAUUUCGAACACCCAAGUUGCAUUUCAACACCUGGGUUGUCGGCAGCGCGUUGGAAGUCUCUGCCCUCUAUCCUUGCCUCUUCACAGCUGCAGCUCUCAACGUCAUCGUUUGGGACCUCACCAAAACAGCUGACAUGAGAGAACAGAUCAAAGUAUACGUGGACCUCCUAGUACGCUAUAUUCCUCAUGCCAAUAUCUUCGUGAUUACAAUUCUGCCCGAUAUUCCAGAACACGUUUCCGAUUCAAACGCAGACACACUAGCGAAGCGUCUCAAAACAUUUUUUGCAGCGUCUUGUUACAAAAGUCUCCGUUUCCUCGGAAUGUUUCUACUUGCUGCCAACCCAAACAUCAAAGAUGGUAAUUCGGACAUGAAACAAUGCCUCUACGAUACUGCCAUGUUAAUGACAGUCAACAACCAGCCUCUGGUCUCAAGACUGUGCCCUGAGAAUUACUUCUCUAUUAUCCCCAUCCUCGAAAAGGAACAGAAAGCGUUUGCCACUCGAGGGCAACCUGGUAUUUUGGAGGAGGUGGCGUUAUGGAACAUGUUUCAGCAAGCUCUAUCAGCUGAUUCCCCUGACUACAUGGAACUUCCAGUCAUUGUUGACUUCCUCCAAGAGACAGGAUUUUUGCUCCACUUUGAAGACCCCAACGACCAUUUGGAUCAGUACUACUUUAUCCAACCGAUGUGGCUAUACCAAGCCCUCCUCAAGAUACUCCGCCACUGUCUGGAUCACCCCUCACGAGUUAUUGUUACCACCGGCGACCUAGUCUCCCUCACAAGCAUCAAAUGGAACCUCAGUGCCACGGCUCCGCUCAUACGUCUUAUGAUAAGAUUUGCAAUCAUCAUACCGACCAAGCCGAACCAGUUCCUCGUGCCCAGCCUCCUACCCCAUUGCAGUCCCAGCACAGCCAGCCUCUUCUGUGGUAACCUUCGACGUCAGUUUGCCCCCAAAGUCAAGCCACUUCCCAGUGAUCUUUGGAGUCGUCUAGUUGGACGUAUUCUCUCCGAUCUACCUCGCCUCGUUAACAUGGCCGGGACAGGGGUUACCCCUCCUCGUUUAGACAGUAACUCUGUCCAGGAGAGGGACACAGAUGAAGAGACUGAUAGUAACAACACGGAAAGUGUUAAAUCACCCGUUCCCAUGGUAAUCUCACCCGUCCCCGUGGUAACCUCACCCUCAUCAUCAACUAAUGUAGCGACCAGCUAUGCUCGAUUGCAUCUAGCAACUCGUAGCACCAUUGAAGAAUCUGAUGACGACUUAUGCAGUCCUUCUAUGGAAACAGUAACCGAUGUAACGAGAGGCACAAAGGAUCUAUCUAACAGUCAACCACAAACGCCCGAAGGCACUAACACACUCGCUGAAGACUCUCAACUGUCCAUUCAAGAAGAACUUUCCGCUGGACAAAACAUUCUUCCUAAAAGUGAACAAACAGAAACUGUGGAUGGUAAACCAUCCUUGUCCAAGUCUGAGGAGACUACCUACACUUCCGAAAUGCAGUCACUAGCUGAUGAUUUUAAUCAUCCAGAUGACAGUACACACCGUGCAAAGUUCCGUAAGCAGGUGACAGUGGGCAGUCCGUAUCGCUACAAGCCACAGGAGGUCACAGUUGAACGACAUACUACCUUUCCCAACCGAUUGAGACAAAGCAGAUCGAUUACAACACCUCCACAGAAACGCGGGACUAGGUCCAGAUCUCAAGUGGACCCGAUGAGAUACCAGAAGCACACUGCCAUGUGGGACUCUGGCAUUGUGUACAGAGAUGAUACAGUGGAGUUCUCCAUUUAUCCCUGUCUAUGUGACGUGUCCAGUGUGGACGAACGAGGCAUUGAAGUCUGCUCCACAAAGAACGAAGUCGGAAGGAUCGUACUUGCAAGAUUAUGCCGUCUUGUCCAAAAGCUACUCGAAGAGAGGUACCCAGAAUUGUUUUCCGUCGAGUUGAUUCUACAGAAACACGAACUCACUCAACUUGCGAUUUGCCCCGUGUGUUUGGAGCAGAAGGAAAGGAGUCCUCAGAGCUUCCUAGUCGAGGCUUGUGUUCAUGCCCUGGGGGACAAUGUACAGCACAACUGCCGCUAUCAUCCUGAGACCAUCCCCAUAUAUGACAUGGUACCCGACUACCUGAUGCUCGAUCUACCCUCAGAGUUGAGAGUGGAGCCUUCAAUGUUUAAAAUUGACGAGGGCAAGUUGCUACACAAAGGCAGAGGGGCGCAUUUACACCACGGCUAUUUCAAGGGAGAGAGUGUGGCCAUCAAAGUGUAUCAGCACGCUCAUGGGAAGUCCAUCACUCUACCGUUGUCAUUUGUUCGACAAGACAUGGAAAUGUUGAGCACCAUCACUCAUCCAAACAUUGUGAGAUCGUUUGGUUUUUGCCUGAAUCCGCCGUGUGUUAUAAUCGAGAAAGCACCCCUCGGUAACCUCUACGAAAAACUCAUGGACACGGAACAGAAGAUCAGUAGAUUGAUACGAUUCCAUAUCUGCUGUCAAGUCAUGUCAGGUAUAACCUUUCUCCACAGCCAGAACAUCAUCUACCGUACCCUCAAGGCAAGCUCCAUUCUCGUCUGGUCUCUGCAGUUUCAGGAUGAAGUAAACGUGAAACUUGCUAACCUGGAAAGAGCUUCUUUCCAAUCCCCGAGCGGUUUGUUGGGCAGACCUGCCUUCUCCUCUUACCCUGCUCCCGAGAUGCUCAAAUAUUCAUUCAAAGAAGAGUACUCGGAAAAAGUUGACAUUUAUUCGUUUGGUAUCCUCCUCUACGAGCUGGUUACACGAUGGCAGCCGUUCACUGGCGUCUACAAUACUGACAGGCUGCCCUCAAACCAACGACCCAAGAUCACCAGUGCUGCUACCAAUGGUUACGCAACGCUGGUACGACUCAUGGAAGAGUGUUGGCAAGAAGACCCCUCUCUGAGACCAAGUGCCUUCUCACUCUUGAAAAGGCUCUCACAGCCGUCUUUCCAGUGUCAUAUUGCAUCACAGGUGUUGAGGGACUGUGUAGCCGUGAGGGGCUGCUGUUUUGUGCCGUCUGUUCGUCAGAUCUGGGUGUACGGUGAAUACGAUCAAGCUGCUCUCGGCGGAGAUGGUUCGAUAGCAGAGGGCACUCAAGUGUUUAUCCUGAACGCCGAUAGCCUGACUGUACAGGGAAGUUUGGAGCUGAAGGAAAGAGUAUCUUCCAUUCUGGCUGUUGAUAAUAAAGUGUGGAUUGGUAUGACUGAAGCCUGUGUGCAUGCGUAUGAUACAACCACGUUUCAGUUCACUGAUCGUCUUCACCUAGCCGAUUCUGUCACCUGUAUUGCAAGCAACGACACUUUCAUGUUUGUAGCUCAAGCCAAUGGGCAUCUGAAGUGCUAUCCCAAGCUAGUGCUGCCCAAGGACAGCGGCACUAUUGAUAUUGAGGUCGGAAACAAAGCAAUCAUCGCUAUGGAAACAGUGGGAGACAUUGUCUGGCUGAGUUGUGGUAACGAGUUGGUCAUUCUGAGCACUGAGGACGAGAUAACGAUAGAAGCAAGAUGGAAUGCGUGUGGACCCAGUGAUCAGGUGUACUCUCUGGUUCUCUCCAAGGACGCUACUUUGAUAUGGAGUCUGUUUCGUGGAGAACUGGCCAUUACUAGUUGGGACGUUCACACCGGCAAGAUGAAGCAUCGCGUGGAUCUGACGGAAGAGCUGAAUUGGGUGUGUUGUGAGAUCAACUAUGACCCUACCUACUUGCGGUUGGUCUCUCUCGAAUGUGUCGGUGACACGCUAUGGAUGGGACUCACUUGUGGCGUGAUCGUUAUCUUAUCGGCGGACGAACAACCAAAGGUUGUGACGAGGUUCAGAGCACAUAGGAGCUCUCCGAAAUGUUUGUUGGAUAUACCUAAACAGGAGGGAUCACGUGACACUCAUGUGGUGCUUAGCGGAGGAUUUGGCGAGAUUCUUCACUCGUCUAAUUUAAGCAGCGAGCAAAAUGGAGUCAUCAUUUCGUGGCAAGCGCUGACGAUGGACCAGUUUCGGUUGGUGACGCAUCGACACAAGGACAUUCAGAAAAUGGACUGAACAGUAUUUUGUAGUUUGUAAUUUUAUCUGUGUGUACAGUAUGUAAUUUAAAGUACAAUACAACUA